AUGUUUAUUUAUUGCUUUGCUUCAGAUACCAUAGCGCUAAAGGAUGUGCAGUUAAUAGCGCCGUCUGCUGUCAGACUUGGGGACACAGUGCUCCUCGGCUGCAAAUGGACUCUCGAAGGAAACGAGACUCUCUACAGUGUCAAGUGGUACAGAGGCAGACAGGAGUUCUUCAGCUACCUACCUAAAGAAUACCCGUUUACGAGAAUAUUCGCUCAACCUGGAAUUGACGUUGAUGUGUCAAGAUCCACUUCACAACAGGUAGUCCUGCGAGACGCUACCCGUGCGCUAGCUGGUCGUUACCGCUGCGAGGUAUCGGCAGAUGCACCUUCCUUCCAUACUCAAGUCCGAUCAGCUUUCAUACACGUCGUUGAGCUGCCUCCUGAGAAGCCAUCAAUCAAAGCUGAGAAGGGAUGGUAUGCAUCUGGGGACUCUCUGCGAGCCCAGUGCACAUCACCACCCGCUGACCCCCCCGCCAACCUCACCUGGUUGUUGAAUGGACGAGAUAUUCAAGGAAAACCAAUAAUACAGCAGAGAAUUCUACCAAGUCCUGCCAUUUCAAUUGAUUUACCGCAUUCGAGUCGAAGCACGACAGCUCCUGGGGAUGAAAACAGUAUUAUCAUUUUCAGUCCUUGGAAAGCUUUUGGGCCUUUUGUCGACAGCGUACAGGACGGAGAAAUUCUACCAAGUCAAGAUUCAGUGAUGUUUCCAAGUCCCAGGAAUCAAGUUGGCGCUCUGGAAGAAGAGGCUACUGAUCCAAUACCCACAAUACAAUCGUCGAAAAAGGUGGCUUCAGUCAGUCAGUUAUCAUUUAUGGUUCGUCCUGACAGCUUCGAGCGAGGUCAGCUGAGAUUGACUUGUAUUUCUACGGUGCAUUCAGUGUACAACGAGCAGGCUGAACUGGUCAUUAAUGAGGAAAGACCUCAGAUCGCUUCAGUGCUCGGUACUCGGGAUCAUUCCUCGGGUUAG